AUGAGCAACGUGCGGGUACCGUCGUAUCUUCUCACGGCGCCCAGGACGCGUCGACCGACGCUGUCUACCAAGCUGCGUCGAAGCUACUACGACUACUCCUAUGGAUAUCGCGAGCCGCGUGCAUUCAACUUGCCUGACUAUACACCUGCGCAGUUACACAACCGCACCGUGAAUGCACCUCUGCUGCGCUACGUUGACUCUCUGCGAACGCAUGGGCAUCGCGCUGCACGCGUCGAUCCACUCGACUUGUUACAGCGCGAGGAGGUUGCCGCGCUCGAUCCGGCGCGGUAUGGCUUGGACGACCCAGCACGCACGUACGAUAUUAACGGUAUCAUCUGGACACAUCCUAUCGGCGAGGAUGCGGGUGCCGAACACUGGCCGCUUGAGCGGAUCGCACGCCACCUACGGGAGGUUUACGUCGGCCGCGUCGCCUAUGAAUAUAUGCACUCCCCAUCCAAGACCGAGAGACUGUGGUUCUCGCACCUGCUAGAGUCUGAGAGCGAGGAGGCCAGACGGGUCGGCGCGGAGCAGCGCAAGCGGAUCCACAAAUUGCUCGCCCAAUCAGAAGUGUUCGACCAGUUCUUGCAGCUCAAGUUCCCGAACUUGAAACGGUACGGCCUCGAGGGUGGGGAGUCGAUGCUUCCUGCCCUCGACGCGCUAUUCGGAGGUGCAGCGGAAGCCGGCGUAGAGCACAUUGUCGUCGGCAUGCCACAUCGUGGACGGCUCAAUCUCCUUACGGGCCUUCUUGAGCUCCCGCCGUCUGCCCUGUUCCACAAGAUCAAGGGCGGGUCCGAGCUGCCGGAGGAGUAUACCGUAGCAGGCGAUGUGAUCAGCCAUCUCACCGCGUCCCCGGGCCUAGAAUACCCGGGAGCCAGAAAGCCAGUCAAGGUCUCGCUUCUGCCGAACCCGUCGCAUCUCGAGGCUGUCAAUCCUGUGGCUCUAGGCAAGACGCGGGCGAAGCAGUUUGCACUGCUCAAGGCACUAGAACGCGCGGGCGAGACCGAGUGUAAACCUGGCGACCGUGUAAUGUGUGUCCAGAUGCAUGGCGAUGCGAGUUUUACUGGACAGGGUGUGGUUAUGGAGGGCCUCGGACUGAGCAACCUUCCGCAUUAUACGGUUGGCGGGAGCGUUCACUUGGUUGUCAAUAAUAGCAUCGGGUAUACCACUCCGGCCUCGAGUGCGCGGUCGUCGCUGUACUGUUCCGACGUCGCGAAAAUGAUCAACGCCCCGGUCCUACAUGUCAAUGGCGAUUAUCCCGAAGAUGUUCAACGGGCGAUCGAAGUCGCGUUCAAGUAUCGCAACUUCUUCCGCAAGGACAUUAUCGUAGACCUGAUCGUCUACCGCCGCUGGGGACAUAACGAGCUCGACGAGCCCGCGUUCACGCAGCCGCUCAUGUACGAGAAGAUCCGUUCCCGCCGCUCCGUUCCCGCGCUGUACGAAGAGCGUCUCAUUGAUGAGAAUGUCCUCACUAAAGACGCGGCGGAAUCCGUACGGACGCAACACAAGGAGUUCCUGACGUCAGAGCUCGCCGCCGCGGGCUCUCACCAGCCUGGGAGUGCACUCUCUAUCCGCCAGGGGCAGUGGAAGGGCAUCGCCUGGCCUGCCAGUAAAGAGGCGGUGUGGGACCCGGAGACAGGCGUGGACGGCGUUACGCUCAAGAGAGUCGGACGUGCGAGUGUCUCUGUCCCCGAAGGAUUUGAGAUCCAUCCGAGGCUUCAGCGGCACGUCAAGAGCCGCUUACAAGCAAUGGAAACAGGGCGGGGCUUAGACUGGGCGACAGCAGAGGCUUUGGCCUUUGGCUCGCUCAUGCUCGAGGGCUAUGACGUCCGUAUUUCAGGGCAAGAUGUCGGCAGAGGGACCUUCAGCCAGCGGCACGCCAUGCUUGUCGAUCAGCGCACAGAAGGCGUCGUCGUCCCGCUCAACCUAGCUUUGGAUAACGGCGGGCGUCUCGAGCUCGCUAAUAGCUCGCUGAGUGAGAUGGCCGUCCUCGGUUUUGAGUACGGCGUCAGCUGGGAGAAGCCCGACAUCUUGCCAAUCUGGGAGGCUCAGUUCGGCGAUUUCUUCAACGGGGCACAGGUCAUCAUUGAUACCUUCUUAUCCUCCGCGGAGACGAAAUGGCUAAAACAGAGCGGUCUUGUGCUUCUCUUGCCUCAUGGGCUCGACGGCGCCGGUCCCGAGCACUCAUCAUCGCGUAUCGAGAGGAUGCUUCAGUUGACAAACGACCAGUACACUUUUGACACCGGCGCGGAACCUUCGAACGUGAACAUGAAUAUCGCAUUUCCAACCACUCCGGCGCAAUACUUCCAUCUCCUCAGAAGGCAGGUGAAGCGUAAUUUCCGCAAGCCGCUGGUCGUCGCCGGUCCCAAGGGUCUCCUCCGUCUUGCAGCGGCGGCAUCUUCACUGGAAGAUCUGUCGUCGGGCUCCCGAUUCCGCCCCGUCAUCGAGGACCCUGCCAUCGAGGACCCUUCUGCGGUAACUCGCGUCGUGUGCUUGACCGGCAAGCUAUAUUACGACCUUGUCAAAGAGCGGCAGAAGCGUCAGCUUGAAGGCAAGGUGGCGCUCGUGCGUGUGGAGGAACUCAGCCCCUUCCCCUUCCGCCCAAUGGCGGACGUGCUCGGCCGCUAUGAUGGUGCCAAGGAGAUAGUGUGGCUCCAAGAGGAACCACGGAACCAGGGCGCGUGGACUCAUGUCGAGCCCAGGUUGAACGCGGUGCUUGAACGCCUCGGACGGUCUAAGGUGACGUACCACGGGAGGAAGGAGGAUGCGGUACCUGCGCCAGGUAUCGCCUCGGCGUACGGUUCGCAGCAGCGUGCCGUAAUUGAUGGUGCUUUCGCUGGUUUGCAGUAG